CUGGCGCCUGCGCGUCUCUGCCUGCCUAGGGAUUCGCAGGAGACGGGCGCUCGGCAGGCGGAGGGAGUCACGGUUGUGCCGUGAGCGAAAGGGCGGCGUUCCGAGGCUGUUUCCUCUUUCCCAGAGAGGCCCCCGGUGACGGAAGGAGCCGGGCCGAAGCGGCGAGAUGGUCAUGGAGUACUUCGUGGAAAGUUUUUGGGGUGAAAGGAAUAAUGGCUUUGAUGUCCUUUAUCAUAAUAUGAAACAUGGCCAUACAUCUACAAAGGAAUUAGCAGAUUUUAUAAGAGAAAGAGCUACAAUAGAGGAAGCCUAUUCAAGGUCAAUGACAAAGCUCGCCAAAUCAGCAAGCAACUAUUCACAGAUUGGGACAUUUGCACCAGUCUGGGAUGUUUUCAAAUCAUCAACUGAAAAACUAGCAUGCUGUCAUCUAGAACUUGUUCGAAAGCUGCAAGAAUUAAUAAAAGAAGUGCAGAAAUAUGGAGAUGAACAAAUAAAAGCUCACAAAAAGACUAAGGAAGAAGUUUCAGGGACUUUGGAAGCAGUUCAAAAUUUUCAGAGUAUUACCCAGGCACUGCAAAAAGCAAAAGAAAACUACAAUUCAAAAUGCGUGGAACAAGAACGUUUGAAAAAAGAAGGUGCAACACAGAGAGAAAUAGACAAGGCAACAGUAAAAUCCAAGAAAGCUACUGAAAUGUACAAAUUAUAUGUAGAAAAAUAUGCUGCAGCAAAAUCUGAGUUUGAACAAAAGAUGAAUAUAACUUCCCAGAAAUUUCAAGAUAUUGAAGAAAUGCAUCUCUUCCAUAUGAAAGAGAUUAUAGAAUGUUUUUCAAGUACAAUAAAUGAAAUUCAUUUGCAGAUUGGAGAGGACUAAUUGAAUUUGAAGAAUGUAAUACAGCCAGUGCAGUGGAGGGAAUAAAGCCAAGAAAAAGAAAGCAUUUUGGAUUGUCAGGGAUUAUUAAGAAGGAAAAAGAUCCAGAAUCUAUAGAAUGUCCAGAUGCAGAUUCAGUAAACAUUCCAGAUGUAGAUGAUGAGGGGUACAGCAUUAAACCUAAAGAUAGUCAGAAUGCCAAAGAAAACCACUUUUAUUCCUCAAGUGAUUCUGACUCUGAAGAUGAUGAACCUAGAAAAUUCCGUGUGGAAAUCAAACCUGUGCAUUCAGACUGUAGUUCUCAUUAUACAGUGCCUUCUUUGGAUGAAUUAAAAGAAUCAAUAGGAAACAUCACACUUUCACCAGCUAUAUCUAGACAUAGCCUUGCUCAAAUGAACCGGAAUGCAUCUAGUGAAGAGUUAACAAAAGCAAAGUUUUCUGCUUCAUCUAAUGAGAAAAGCAACAAUGACCUCUUGGCAUGGGAUCCACUCUUUAGAAAUUCUGGUGAUUCAUCUUCCCUGACCUCAACAAUGUCAUCUUCUUCAUCUGGAAGACCAACAACUCCUCUUUCAGUAGGAACAUUAGUACCUCCCCCAAGACCAGCUUCUAGACCAAAGUUGACUUCAGGGAAACUCAGUGGAAUUAAUGAAAUUCCAAGACCAUUCAGCCCUCCUUUGACCUCCAAUUCCAGUCCACCUCCAUCAGCCCCUUUGGCACGAGCAGAGAGUUCUUCCUCAUUAUCAUCAUCUACUUCACUAAGUGCAACAAAUACACCCACAGUUGGAACUUCACGUGGUCCAAGCCCUGUCAGCCUAGGAAAUCAAGAUACGUUACCUGUUGCAAUAGCCCUAUCUGAAUCUGUAAAUGCCUACUUCAAAGGAGCAGAUCCCACAAAAUGUAUUGUGAAAAUAACUGGUGAUAUGACAAUCUCAUUCCCAAGUGGGAUUAUUAAAGUGUUCACUAGCAAUCCAUCUCCUGCUGUGCUUUGCUUUAGGGUAAAAAACACAAGCAAACUAGAGCAGAUUCUUCCAAAUGUGCAACUCGUGUACAGUGAUCCAUCACAAAGUGAUUCCAGUACAAGGGAUUUUUGGAUGGAUAUGCAAGCUGUCACAGUCUACCUCAAAAAGCUAUCCGAGCAGAAUCCUUCUGCUUCUUAUUACAACGUAGAAGUUCUGAAGUAUCAGGUAUUGUCAAAUGGUAUCCAGUCUACACCUCUGAAUCUUGCCACAUAUUGGAAAUGUAAUGCUAGCACAACUGAUGUAAGAGUUGAUUACAAAUACAAUCCAGCAUCUAUGGCAAUGCCAAAUAUGUUAUCCAAUAUACAAGUCAUCGUACCAGUUGAUGGAGGUGUAAUAAACAUGCAGUCACUUCCGCCAGCAAAAUGGAACUCAGAGCAGAUGAAAGCUUUGUGGAAAUUAGCUAGUAUUUCAGAAAAAUCAGAAAAUGGCGGCUCUGGCUCUCUCAGAGCUAAAUUUGACCUUUCUGAAGGACCCAGUAAGCCAACAACACUUGCAGUGCAAUUUAUCAGUGAAGGAAGCACACUUUCUGGAGUAGACGUUGAAUUAAUAGGCACUGGCUAUCGGCUUUCCCUGAUUAAGAAGAGGUUUACCACUGGACGAUAUAUGGCAGAUUGCUGAACAGCCUAUUAAGAAAACUAAGUUAUUUUCCAAUGAAUAAGAAGUUUAUUCAUUAUCUUACUAUCUUUCCAACACUAUUUUAACAUGCAUUAAUUUUUGAAAACACAUUGCAUAGUUUUUGGAGUUUAUACCCAACAAAAUGCACUUUUGAAAAUAAGUCAGUUUAAAAACUAUUCUGUUUUGAAAUAGCACUGAAAUAAACUCCAACAGUACAGAAAAUCAGUUGCAAUACUGAAACAAGAUACUGAAAUACUUAAUAGUAAUGUAGCCUCGGAGCCAAAUAGCAGUUAUGUGUGGUAUUUAAAGUGUGUGAUGCUUUGUGAUACCUUAAACAAAACUAUAUUUUAGCUUUCUAUAAAUAUUACUGAAGUAUAUUUUUCAAUAUUGCCAUUCCAUAAACAAAACAGUGGCAAAGUAUUUUUUUGUUUUCACAUUUGCAUAUUCAUGUGUCAUAUCUUAUUAGAGAUUAUCUAUAAAAAUAACUUUAUUUCCAUAUAUCAUACAUAAUUAAAUGACCAGUGUUUUAUAAUAGAUGGUUUUUAAUGUAAAGUGCAAUGGUUUUUUUAAAAUUGCAAUGUACAACAGAGUUAUUUACUUCUGCCAUUAGUUAACAUGAUGGGAGUUGUAAUUUUAAUUAAUGCUGUAGAUUAUUUAUUUUUAUAUGAAAUUUGUAAUGUUUGUGCCUUUUCAAAGCUGUGCCUGUCAAAUAUUUAUGUGCUUCUCAUUACUUGUUUUAACUAUCUAGAUCUUCCAAUUAGUAAACUUGAAGGAAGUAAUCUUAUGCUUACAGAAUGGAAGAAUCUGUUGUGUUCUAUCUUCCAUGUACCCCUCAAAUUUGCUAGGGAGGCUCUUCAGGACUCCUGGUGUCGAUUUUGUGGGGUCAUGAGGCAUUUAAAGUGGGAAGGAGAAGCCAACCAGCACACUACAAUUUCUUUCUCUGGAAGAUAGGCACAAUUGGAUAUAACUUGGCAUUUGAAAAUCAAAACAGAAAAUA